GUGAAUCUGCCCGGACGGAGGACAUUGAUUUCUAUUGAACCCCCAGAAGUUCCAAUUGUUCUAGCAUUCACCCUGCCGCUGUAACUGUCUAUUCGAAAUAAUGUCCCUAUUUCUGUCCCUUAGAGGAGUCCCAACCCGUCUCAACUUCCGCUCACUGUCCGGACGAUGGACUUCGACCGCCGCAAGUCCGACUACGCCUCCAUUGCUGGGCAAAAUAAGGGCAGAUCUCAAAACCGCAAUGAGGGCGAAGGAUAAGACAAGAUUGGAUGUCCUUCGAGCCCUGAUAUCGGAAGUCAACAAUGCUUCGAAAACACCCUCUCCGGUUCAAACUGACUUGCAGCUAUUGUCGUUGAUCCGCAAACGAACGGCAGCUGCGAAAGAUGCGGCACAACAGUUUGCAGCGGCUGAUCGGCUGGACCUGAAGGAGAAAGAGGACGCGCAAGUCGUGGUGCUGGAUGAAUAUGCUGCUCAAGUAGAUACUAUGAGCCACGAGGAUAUCAAGAUUGUCGUUGUGCAAGAGAUUUCCCAAUUGAAAGAGGCAGGUAAGAAGGUUGACAUCGGAUCGGUGUUGAAGUCACUUUUUGCUCCCGGAGGAGCUUUGGAUGGCAAACCAGCCGAGAGAGCAGAAGUGGCCAAGAUUGCAAAGGAGGCUGUCUCCGCAGCAUAAACACAAGAGAAAUCAGCUUCAAACAUUGUAUAUUAGGUUCUAGGAUGUUUCAAUCUAUAUUCCCAAAAUUUCCGCAAUGUAGUUGGGCGUC